AUGCGGGGGGCAGCGCGCUCUGUUUCGAUUAAAGACUGUGAACGGCACCACCGGGUCCUGGCUCUCUGCGGCGCGGGGUCGCGAUGCGGGGGGCAGCGCGCUCUGUUUCCAUUAAACACUGAGCGGCACCACCGGGUCCCGGCUCUCUGCGGCGCGGGGCCGGGGGGCGGGGGGCAGCGCGCUCUGUUUCCAUUAAACACUGAGCGGCACCACCGGGUCCCGGCUCUCUGCGGCGCGGGGUCGCGAUGCGGGGGGCAGCGCGCUCUGUUUCCAUUAAACACUGAGCGGCACCACCGGGUCCCGGCUCUCUGCGGCGCGGGGCCGGGGGGCGGGGGCACUCGCUCAUUGGCGGCGCGCCCGAGACGUCACUGCGUCCGCCGCUGGAUCGCCGGCGCCGGGCCCCGCCCCCGGAAGCGUGGCCCUGGCGGAGGGGCGGGGCCGCGGGCUCCCUCGCCCCCCGAGGGCUGUCGGGAAGAUGGCGGACCCGGGCUGCGGGCGGCGCUGAGCGGCCGGGGCGGCGGCGGCGGGUCCCAGCGCGGCCGCGAGCGCCAUGGUCUCCCGGUUCUCGGCAGCCUCCCGAGCCGCCCAGCCCUCGCCAUGCUGCGCCUGCUGCCAUGGCUCCGUGCUCUGACCCGGGAGAGUGCGCGGCCCGGAGUCCCGCCGGGCCUGGCUGCCGGUGAGCGGAGCGGGGCAGGGAUGUAUCCCGCCUGCUACUGCGCGGGCAAAGGCAAGCAGCGGGCAGUGCUGCUGCCACUGGAACCCUACGGCCAUGGGCUGCUGCCCACUUUCCCCCCGGACGGCUGCAGGCCGCGGGGCCACGGCAAGAGGAAGAGCUGGAACUUCAUCCACGAGAAGAUGAGCUACGACACCUUCUUCACCAUGAAGCGGCUGAUCGAGCGCUCGCGCAGCGUGGGGGAGGUGCUGCGGUGGGUGACGCAGAACCCGGGCAAGGUGUCCGCCAGCCACUACCCCAUCGCCCUGCACAAGCUGGGCCAGCUCCUGCAGCAGCAGCAGGGCCAGGCUGCGCUGAACGGGGAGAGCCGUGGAGCCGGCCCCAUGCUGGAGCAGCCUGAGUUCCAAGCUCUGUGCCAGGCCAUCAUCAGUGGCUGCUCCAAGUUCGAUAACUUCAGCAUCGUCAACUGCCUGUAUGCUGCUGCUGCGCUAGGUCUGCCGGGAGAGUCGCCGCUGGUGCGAGUGCUGGAGGAGGAGUCGCGGAGCCGCCUGGGCCGCUUCAACCAGAAGGACGUCUCCAUGGUCUUCAGCAGCGUGAUGAGGCUGCACCCCUCCAGCCCCCAUCCCCUGGUCGAGUCUUGCCUCAGCAGCUUGGAGCGGCACCUGGAGAAGGAGCGGCACCCCCAGACCCUGUUUCUGCUGCUCUCCUACUACCGGCUGCGGGCACAGGCGCUGCAGGGCCACCCAGCCUCCGACCAGCAGCUCAUCAACAACCGCAAGAUCCUGCGGCUGGUGCGGCACACGCUGGGGCAAGUCAGCGCCAUGCGGGAGCACGAGCUUGCCCUUCUGGAUGAGAUGCUGGCCCUGUGUGCCCAGGAGGCCAACAACAAGGCCCUGGAGGCCAUCUUCAGCUCGCAGCUUUUCUACGAGAACAGACAAGAGCGAUUCAUCCGCAGCAUGGCAGAGUGGUUGCCCAGGAAGGCAGAGAACCUCACCCCCUACACCAUGGCCCUCAUUGCCAAGUAUGUGGCCCGGCACCGGCUGCGCGAGCCGCGGCUGCUCGACACCAUCGCCAACUUCCUCCUGAAGCGUGGGGAGCAGCUCGACAGCAAGGUGAUCCAGAAGCUGGUGUUUCCCUUCAGCCGCAUGAAUUACCGCCCAUCCAACCACAGUGAGCUCUUCCCCAAGCUGGAGGCCAUCCUGGAGCAGAAGGCUGGCAGCUCGCCCCUGGCCACCGUCAACAUCCUCAUGUCCAUGUUCCAGCUCAGCCACUUCCCCCAGAGCGUCCUGCACCAGGUCUUCUCCCCGGCCUUCAUCACCAACGUCAUGAGCAGCCCCUACGCGCUGAUCGUGCGCCGCUACCUCUCGCUGCUGGACGCGGCGGUGGAGCUGGAGUUCCGGCAGUACUGCGGCCCCCGCCUCGACCCCCGCUACCGCGUCCUCAUGUUCGAGCACGCCCUGACCGCCGACGAGGCCAACAGGAAGUACAGUUACAAGGGGCUGGUGGCAGAGGCGCUGCGGCAGCUGGUGGGGGAGGAGUGCUACCGGCAGGACGAGGUGCUGCCCCCCGGAUACUGCACAGACUUCCUGCUGUGGGUGAACCGCUCGGGCACCGUCCUGCCACUCUCCCGUGUCCCGGCUGCAUCCAAGGCUCCGCCUGCCCUCGGCGCCGCGGCUCCUGCUGCCCUCUCGCUGCGCUCCAGCGUCCUGGCCCUCACCUCGGACUUGCAGGACUUUGCCCCGUUUGCGGCGGAGGGCCCCAGCAGUCCCCCAGCCCCCCGGGAGAGCCUGGCCGGGCGCUUCCUGCCUGCGCUCUGCCCGGCCCCGGGGGGGCCCUGCUACCAGCCCCCCUCGGACUAUUUCUGCGGGCUGAGCAAGGAGGCCUCGCUGGAGAGCCAGGGCAGCUCCUCGCUCAGCAGCCCCUCCGAGUGUCUCUCGGCGCAGCCCCCCGGCACCCCCGACUGCUCCCCGGGGGGCACCUCCGCAGCCACCCUCUUCCAGUUCCCCAUCGGCAAGAUCCUGGAGGAAGAAGAGGAGGAGGAGGAGGUGGUGGCAGCUCCCAGCGGCUGCCCUGGGCACGAUCACAGCUGCUUCCCAGGGGAGCAGAACCAGGAGGAAGCGGAGGGACAGAGUCCCCCGCCCAGCGAGGACGUGAGGCACUCGCCCUCGACGCACCGACCCAGCCCCAAGCGAGCACCGGGCGAGGGGGUGCAGGGAGCCGAGGAGAUCCAGAGGGUGGUGCUGUCGGUCAAUGACAAGUGGCACUACUGCCAGAACUCGGACAUCCUGGUGGGCUCGAGGGCCAUGAGAGACAGGCACCUGAGGCUGCUGGGCUACUGCUUGGUGCAGCUGCCCUACACGGAGCUGGAGAAGGUGAGCGGCAUCGAGGAGGCCAAGCACUACCUGCGGCAGAAGCUGAGGGAGCUGCGCUUCUGAGGGGAGGAUGGACACCCUGAGGGGCGGGCAGGGAGGGGGCA